UAGUUAUUGAUUUAAUUAUAAAAAUAUUUAUAUAGUGAAAUAAUAUUUGUAUACUAUGAUAUUUAUUAUAUUAUAAUAAAAGGAAAAUGGGUGUUGGUGGCGCGAAAAUGUAUUUAUUUGUAUUUUUUAGUAUUUGUUUAGUGGCACCUGCAAUAUUUGCUGAAGAUGUGAGCUACCAAGCCUGCGUGGAUAAAUACUCGAGGAAAGGCUACCAACCGUGGCAGGAGUGGUCGGACCACUACACGUGUCACCGUUACCGUUGCGAGAUCAGAGAUGGGAAGUAUUUCAUUGCUGCGGUUGGGUGUCGCAAGCCCAAAAUUCCUGAGAACGCCUUGGAAUGUCACGAAUAUAUUGAGGAUGAAAACGUUGAAUUUCCUACCUGUUGCGCCCGCUUGAGAUGCGUCGUAGAACUCAAUGGUGAACGGAUUGUUCAGACCAGAGGCCAACCAGGCGAACUCUUCCCUGACAAGCCAUGGAAAGGACAACAGAAUGAGCCAAACCCAGCAGUCGUAGGCAUGGGUGCUAUCCAGCAAAACACCAUCAACAACGAGCCCCAAGGUCAACCAGCUCCGGGGAUGUUCAACAACAGAGGCGCAGCGGAUGGCAGCGAUAUUAACGGAAGGCGAUAUGUAGACCCUUACCCCAGCCAGCAAAUGCAGGAAUCACCGAGAAAGAAACGAUCAACCGUGUACCCCUUAUUUGAUAGAAGUUUAGCGCGGGAAACGGGCUCCUACCAGCCCCACAGCCAAGUCAAAAUACACGGUUAUACUCCAGAGAAAUAUACAUCGUAUUUCUCAAAUAAUGUCAAAGGAUUGUCAAAUCCGAAGUUACUGUUUAAUUCGUCAUAAAUCCAAGAUAAAUAAAUGUCACUUACAUUAUAACUUUGUAUAUUUAAGCAGUAUAAAAAUAUAUUUUCACAUUAAAAAAAACUAAAUCAAUGCAAAUAAAUUAAUGAUAUGCUUAUGUAACUCAAUUUAUUUUGUUGUUGCUGUGUUUUUGUUACGUUAUACGUUAUGUAAUA